ACCAUUCAGCAGCCUGAUUUAAGAAGAAUGGAAAGAAGAUUCCACUUCCUCGAUGCCUGGUUGGAUCACAAAGAGUUUCAGCCGUUUGUGAAGCAGGAAUGAAAGCCAGGAGAGGAUUUUCUUUCUUCUAUGAAGGAACUCUCUAAGAAACUGGCUGGGUGGAACAAGGAGGUUUUUGGAAACAUCUACAAGAGGAAGAAAGAGUUGUUCAGAGCUCUGAAAUCACUUGAAAUGUUUAAUGAGAGGAAGCCUUCGAGAAGCUCUAUGGAAAAAGAGAAGGCUACCAGAGAAGAACUUGAGGACAUUUUGUGGCAAGAGGAGCUGUUAUGGAGGCAGAAGGCCAGGGUCAAACUGGUAGUGAAAGGGGACCUCAAUACUCGAUAUUUCCACAACUGCACUCUUAGCAGAAGAAAAAGAAACAAAAUCACCAGAUUGCAGGAUGCAGAAGGGAACUGGAUUGAUGACCCUGCCAUGCUCCAAGACAUGGCUAGAGAGCACUUUGUAAAUCUGUUUACAAAUGAUGCUCCCUGUUCAGGAAUCCAGUUACCUGCCCUCUUUCCCCAUGUUGAUGAGUCUUGGCUCUCAAGAAUUGGAAAAACACCAAACAUUGCUGAUAUCAUAGCUGUCCUGAUGGGGAUGAAUGGUCUUAAAGCCCCUGGAAAAGAUGGUUUCCAUGCUUUAUUCUUUCAGAAAUGCUGGAAUACUGUGGGGACAGACUUUGCUUCAUUAGUUCUGAAAUGCUUUGCCAUUCCCAGCACAAUCCAGUCUAUUAAUGAAACACUGCUGGCUCUUAUCCCUAAAGUGGAUUCUCCUUCCUCCAUGAACCACUUUAGGCCUAUUAGCCUAUGCAAUGUGGGUUAUAAAGUGAUUGCCAAAUGCAUUGCCAAUAAUCUGAAACAUCUUAUGCCACACCUGGUGCACCCCAACCAGUCUAGUUUUGUUCCAAAACAUCAUAUCACUGACAAUAUCAUCAUUUUGCAGGAAACUGUCCACUCUAUGUCAAGGAAGACUGGUAAGAAAGGGACAAUGCUUCUCAAGAUUGACCUUGCCAAGGCCUAUGACAGAAUUGACUGGAAGUUUCUCGAGGAAACUCUUAUGGCUGCUCGAUUCCCCAGUAGCUGCAUCAGACUCAUCAUGGCCUGUGUGACAACCACUUCAUUUCAAGUUCUGUGGAGUGGUGGACAAACAGACAGUUUCACCCCUACAAGAGGACUAAGACAGGGAUGUCCACUCUCACCCUGUCUCUUUACUCUUUGCAUUGAACGUCUUAGCCAUUGUAUUUUACAAGAAGUGAAUGAUGGAAACUGGAAACCUGUGUGUCUUUCUCCUGGGGUCCUGCUAUUUCACAUCUCUUCUUUGCUGACGACUUAGUGUUGUUUUCCCAAGCCUGCCUGUCUAAUGCCAAUGUUAUCAUGAAAUGCCUUGACUCUUUCUGUGCUGCUUCGGGUGAGUUAGUUAGCAAAGAUAAGUCUAGGACUUUCUUCUGUCUAAUGCCAAUGUAACGAAAUUUUUCAACAGAAUUCAGUUUCCAGUUCCUAACUACCGGCCCUGUCAUGUUACACGCCAACACAGGCCAUUAGGUGGCUUGUUCUUUGCAUUUUACCCACAACUCAGUUUGGUCCAACAAGAAUCUUAAGCUAAAUAUUCACCCAGAUGGAAGCAAGCUAAGUAUUCGACCGACCAACAGAUGGGUUAGAUGUUAUGCUAUACUUAACAGAAUUGAAAGAGAAAAUUCACGUGACCUUGUAAGGUAGGAUUUUUAUGGGAUACGAGCGUAAUGAUUAAUACGAAUUUGAGAACAAGAAAGAGAGUAAGAACGA